AGAGAGCAAAUCAAACAUGAUUAGCUUACGAGCAGUGUCGAAAUUGGGGUUUCCGAUUCGAAAGCAUCCAUCUCCUUACUCGACGUCGUUGCUAAAAAUAGGAAGCUCUGUUUUUGUAACAGAGGAGGUGAUCUUACCUUUUCGAAUUGGAAGCUACGAGGAUGAGGUUCGGUGCGAUGUGGUGCCUCUGAAGAUGACUCAUGUGGUGCUUGGUGAUCCUUGGCACGUCGAUUGCGGAGCUCGACGUAGCAGAAGCACAAAACACAUCAGAAUGCGGCAUUGUGGGAAGCUUUUCGCUCUCAAGCUUCUGUCGCCAGAAGAAGCUGCUCAAGAUAGGGCGACCUUGCUACAACAGCUGCGAGACGAAGAAGACCGAGCUGAGGCAGUCGCGACUUCAAUUGGGGAGCCGUCGUUGAAGGCGCUCGAGUUCCAGUUCGUUGAAGAAGAGCAUUCCAACAAAGAGGAGUCCCUCUGCUCUUCGACGGACGCGCAAGGGAGGAGAGAGAGUGAAACAGGGAGAGCAAUCGGGUCGCGCGGAAUGAAAUUAAUAGCGUCAAUACACUCCAUUAUGUGGCAGAAACGUGCAGCGUGAAUCGAUUAGGGUCUGACAGCCGAGAAUCGAUAAUCCCCAUAUUGGUUUUCUCGUCCCCAAAAGCGCAGAGUAACGAGCAAAAGAAGGAAGAACCAGUUUCGGAGUUUGGAGAUGAGUCAACGCAAGCCAACACUUGGGAUCAAUUUAUAGGUUCACAAGGAUGGUGUGUGAGCACAAAUAUUGGUACGAAACGGUCAGAAUCACUAUUCCCCAAUGUCAAUUUUUGCUCGUCGAAAUCUGGGAUUAACUAGCCGAAUUCUGGGGAUAAAAAACUUCCCGACGGCGGGAAACACGGAAAUAGUGAUUGGAGACGAUUUGGAUGUGUUCGACGCGCGGGAGAAGGGGGGAUUGACUCCUGGAGACCAGUCGCAUCGAUUGGGAGCAACGAAUUUGAUCAAGAUGGCCCCCAGAAGAAAUCCCUAAUCUCCAAGAACUCGCUGGAGUCCUUGCCGGCGCCGGAAAUGGGAAAUUUUUUGCCGGAAAUCGUACGUUUGCCCAAUCCGAUUUUGGGUCAAAAUUUUGUCAAUUUUUGUGUGGCAGGUGAGUCUUGGAAAACUAUGAAGGCAUUGGAACAGAUCGAAGGUCAAUUUGAAGCUGGCAAACUUAUGGCAAAAAUCGUGUUUGAGCAGCAUUCUUUCGAUCUAAUUUGGGAUCAAUUAUGUGUACGGUUUGAGCAAAGAAAGGCCAAAGUGUUGA